ACACCCAGAGCUUCCUUCUCAGUUUACACUUUUUCCUUUUCGGCUUUUUCAGAAUUUCUUCAAAUCCCCAAAGACUCAGCAAAAUCAAAUGCCGCAUUCACAGUAAUCUCGUUUCCAGCGCCGGUACACUCCAAGACUCAUGCGCUUUAGGAAGGAGUCUUCGAAACCGUCAGCACGUUUUUAAGCGAUUGGCUUCUUCCCAACUACAGCGGGCAGGGGUGUCUGCUUUCUACAACGUCACCAGCCUCCCAGCGUUACAUCUAGUGGACCCUUCCCGAAGAUGGCGGCCUUGAUCGGCCUUCAAAUACCUGAUUGCUGAUUUGACAGUGGGCUUUUGACAGCUUCGAUCCAGAUAGCACAGCGCACGUUGCAGGCAUGAGGUUGCUUCAUUGGCUUGGCCCUGCAUGUCCGAUUCCCCUGUAGGGAAAGCUGAUGUGCGCUGCCUUGCUCAGGAACACUACUCUUGUGCAUGAUCUGAUAAUACGGCUCAACAUUCCCACAUUUUGGGCGUCCUUUCAUGGAACAUGCCUGGUUCGCCGACAUGGCCAGUCAGGAACAAGAAUUGAUCAACGCUGCUGAAGAUAUUAACCCCAGCAUGCCAAGGGCGACAAUGUAUGAUCCCGAGGUUAUAUGCACGACCAUCCAAGGCCCUUACAUUCGCUGUUCAUAAGCACUUACUGGAAGAAAUAGGUAUUGCGAGUACAAAUAGGAUGUCUCCGUCUACUUCUUUUGACGAUGGCUUCACUUUGACACUGAGGCCAAAGUAAACAUCGAAGAGGUCCAGUCAACAGUCACCAUGUUGCGCCUCACAGCUGCCCUCUCCCUUGCGGGUGUUGUCUCUGCUUCAUUCGAGAACAACCUCGCCUACCUCUCACCAUCUCGUCGCCACGCCUCUCUCGCUGUUCCUCUUGCCCACGUUCAGAAGCGCCAGAGUGGCUCUUUGUACACAGCAGCGGAAGUGAACUUCACCCACGGCAUCGCGUCAGGAGAUCCAUAUGCCCACUCAGUCAUUCUCUGGACCAGACUUUCCCCCACAACCGAUAACGUCGCCUCAGAUAUCGUCCCAGAGGGCGUAGUGCCCAUCUAUGGCGAUGAGGGCGCCCCCCCAAGCAGCCGCGCCGCCUGCGUCGAGUACCGCAUUGGCACAGACGAAGCCUUGACCAAUGUCGUAAAUAGCGGCAGAGCCUACACCUCGAGCGAAGUAGACUGGACAGUCAAGUUUGAAGCAACAAACCUCCAACCCUUCACAACCUACUUUUACCGCUUCAACGUCUGCGACUCCUCCAAAUCCUCCGUCGUCGGCCGCACAAAGACCAUCCCCACAAAAGACCAAACCGUCCCCCGCAACAUCAAGCUAGCAGUCUACUCCUGCUCCAACUACCCCGAAGGCUACUUCAACGCCUACGGCGCCGUCAACGCCAAGGAUUCCGCGGAUUACAUCCUCCACCUCGGCGAUUACAUCUACGAGUACAAAGCCGGCCUCACCGACCUCCGCAAACCUCUUCCUGACCGGGAGACUUACUCUCUCUACGAUUACCGCAAGCGCACAGCUUCCUACCGUCUCGAUCCUGAUCUUGCCUUGUCUCACCAAAAGUUCCCUUGGAUCCCUGUCUGGGAUGACCACGAGGUCGCUGACAACAGUUACAAGGACGGCUCCAAGAACAGCGACGGGGAGGAGUUCAGGUUGAGGAAGCAGGCGGCUGUGAGGUCGUAUUUUGAGUGGAUGCCCCUUCGGCAGGUCACUAUGGAUGACUCUUUGCGCAUCUGGCGGGAUUUCUCCAUUGGGAACUUGUUUGAUCUCAUCAUGCUUGACACGAGGCAGUACAACCGGGACGUUACCGUUCUUGGGCCGCUGGGGGGGAUUAUUGGGGGGAAUAAGAAUGAGGUGGAGGAACAGGCUGAUUGGGUGAACAGGACGAUCAUGGGGUUCAACCAAGAGGCUUGGUUCUACACCAAGCUUCAGGAGUCGAGUGAUCGACAGGCCAGGUGGAGGUUGGUGGGCAACCAGGUGAUCUUCAGCAGGGUGACGAUUGGAGUUUUUAAUGAUGAGCCGUUUAAUCUGGAUCAGUGGGAUGGGUACAUCGCGAAUAGGGACAGGGUGUACAAGACACUGGUGGACAACAAGAUCAACAACACGGUCAUGCUGAGCGGGGACAGCCAUGCGGCUUGGGUGAGUGAUAUGGUUUGGAAGGCGGAGGAGGGGUAUGAUGAGAACACCGGGGCGGGGGCGGUGGGGGUUGAGUUGGCGGGGAGUGCGGUGAGCAGCUCCAGUCCGUUGACGGGGAUUGUGCCAAGGUUGAUCACGGAUCCGAUUUCCAAGUUGUUGAUCAAGAACAACCCGACGUUGCAGUGGCAGGAUUUGUAUUAUAGGGGGUAUUUUGAGAUGGAUAUUGGGUAUGAUGCUAUUGAGGCGCAGUUCUUUGGGAUUCCAAAUCUCAAGAAGAGGAGUACGGAGGAGAUCAAGAUUGCAAAGUUCUUGAUCAGGGAUGGGGAGAAUAAGUUGGCGAGGAACCCUACUGUGGGUGGUGGAGUGGCGUAUGCGGGCGCGUUGAAGAAUGGCAAGGUCGAGAAGGCACCUUGAUGUCCUUUCUUGUCGAUAGAACUCAACUUUUUUCUUUUUGCUCUCAAGACAAAGCCCUG